AUGUCUCGUAAUCUCGCCGUGCUCUGCCGCGUCAGUAGCAUGUUUUAUGCACUAUCAGCUCCAGUUCUCUAUCGCGAGAUCGUCGUUGACGGCAAUAGAAGCUUUCUCCUCCAACUUUUCCCCUUGCUUUCUCGUGUACAGCGUCGCUCAGUGCGCAUAGCGAUAGCUGAGAAUAAUAUCCCAAUAACCCGACAACUCGAUAUGCUCCUCCGCACGCCGGCAGAUCGAAUGGUGGAUCCAGGAUGGGUGCAGAAGCUUAAAAUAUUCAGUGGAUAUAACAUAACACCAGAGGCAGCCGUAUUAUGGCCGCUCCUCAACGAAAUUGCCCGGGAUAUGGUAAAUAUAGAGAGCGUUGUUUGGGAGCCGUCGGCUGGGAGCACUUAUUUAGCGAAUAUAAUCGGCGGACUCCCGAACCUCCGUCAUGUUUCCUGCUCUACAAACGGUCCCAUGUGUGCCCCGCAUUUGGAGUCAAGCUUUCAAGACGUUAGACUCAAAUCACUUGUGGUGUAUUGUGAUGGCACCGCCGACAGCGAAACGGCAAAUAUUGGUGGCCCAAGGAAUCUCAUACUCCCAUCUGCUGGAAGCCUUGAAACGUUGCACCUGUCGUUUCGCAGGGUUGGCGUUGCCGAGGAACACAUCAUGAGGAUGCUUAGGGGUGUUGUAUCAAUUACUAUGUUGAAGCACCUUCGCCUUGGCUUUUUCGAUUGGACUACUAUAGUAGCUCUAGGAACGGUCGUAAGGUUCAGUGCCCUGGAGUCACUGCAACUGGUACAUGAAACCGUUUGUCCCGGUCUUUCAGCUACCCUACUAAGAAUUGGCCGCCUUUCAGCUCUGACAACUCUGAGUGCUACCCUGUCCCCGAAUCAAAUGAUAGAGAUUAUAAAUGCAUGUGACAGAUUGAGAGAAUUGUACGUAUUCUAUCACAGAGAGAUUGACUCGAAUGCGGCUGUUGUCAAUGCGGUAGAUAUUGUCGAGGCAGUAGGAAAGCAUGGGCAUACGUUGAAGGUUCUGUGUCUAUGUGAGGGAUAUGGAAAUGAGGCAUCUACAUUCACUAUGCGCCGUCACGAUAUUGAGAAACUUACUCGAGUGUGUCCAAAAUUGGAGGAGAUUAGAAUUGGCGUGAGAAUGGAAGAAUACAUCAAUACACCCUCAAAGUUUCGUGAGUUCCGGCACCUCAAACAUCUGUACGUGGAGCUAUUUGGACGCAAUAAUCGGAACUGGUUUGCAGAGCCUGGUUAUUCGGAUGAUGUCAGGCCUCUUUGUCCUUCGUGGGUGAUACAAACCGGAACGGCCGACAGAGAGAACCCUGAGGGGUCAAGAUCUGAGGUCACCCGCUUGGAGAUUGGAAUGUGCUUGAUGCUCACUUCCUUCAAGGCGCUUCCAUUGACAUUUGCCAUCGCGUCUUACGGAGUCUCAGCUAACCAUCCGGACUUGCGUCUCAUGCAAACCUACCGAAUCACCACAGGCGUCACCCCUUGUAAGCCUCAAGAAAGCUUAGGCGGCGGUGUGACGUUUUGUGCUCACCGAGGAAAUGCGUGUGGUGUCCAUUGGAUUGCUCCGCCGGGCUUUCGCGAUGCGCUCAUGAACUAUGACGGGUGUCCUUUUCAGGCGGAGGUCAUGUUGAAACCCUCGGGAAACAAUGAGCCUGGCACCGUGGGUGGUUGGGUUACUGCGUUUAAAGCCUCGUGUCUUCUCGAUACUUCUUUCGAGAUACCUAGCUUUGUUCUAGAGUGGUAG